AUGAGUGGAUACACUGUUAUAAUUGCAUUUAUUCUUACCGCUGCUUUAUCCACGUUAGCAUGGAUAUUUGCUCCAAAAGAGAACACAACUGUUUGGAGAUCUUCGGUGAUUUUGGGUUUGUCAAUGUGCUAUUUGAUGUGGGCAAUUACCUAUCUUAGUCAAUUACAUCCAUUAGAAGCACCUAGAAGGUCGGAUUUAAGGCCUGAAAAAUAG